CUUCUGGGAAUGCUGCCAGUGGUCAAAGUCUCCAAACGUACUUUGUUGAGUUGGUGCGAGCUCACCGAACAAUCCUGCAGUGGUCUCACAGAUUUAGUCCUAAGCUCUGCAUUCUCAAACCUGUCAGAGUUGGACAUGAGCCAUAAUGACCUGCUGGAUUUAGGUGUGGAACAUCUUGCUGAAGGCCUGAAGAGUCCACACUGCAAACUGAAGAUUCUCAAGUUGUCUGGUUGUCAGGUAACAGAGAAAGGCUGCUCUUUCCUUGCCUUGUCUCUUGAGUCCAACACAGCAUCCCGUCUGGAACAUUUGGAUCUGAGGUACAAUCAUCCAGGAGACAAUGGGACAAAGAGACUAAUGGAUAAAGUUAGAGAGGAAUCUUACCCAAACAGGAAGCUGAAGACAGUGCUUUUGGACCACGGCGGAGCACAUCGGUUAAAACCAGGGAUUAAGAAAUAUGGUGUAGAACUGAAGUUCAAUGAAAAUACAGCAAGCAAAAGACUCCUCCUAGAAGGAGACAGAAAAGUAAGAACUGUAGAGAAGGUAGAGGAGAAACCUGAACGACGUGAAAAUGAGGACCGGUUCAAGAGGUCUCAGGUGUUUUGUGUUGAGGGGCUGAAAGAGCUCUGUUACUGGGAAGUGGAAUGGAGUGGGACAGUCUGCAUUGCUGUGGCAUACAAAAGAGUGGGUAGAAAAUGGGAUAGUAGUGGUGGCCUCGGAUGCAAUGAGAUGUCCUGGGGUCUGUACUGCUCCGGCACUGACUACACUGCCAUGCAUGGGAAAAUUCAAAAGUGUUUGAGAUUACCCUCUAGUAAAAAAAUAGCAGUGCUCUUGGAUUGGAAAGGAGGAACUCUGAGUUAUUACAGUGUUUCAUCAAAAAAACUGAGCCUCAUACACACCUUUCAUGCAAAAUUCACUGAGCCGCUCUUCCCAGGCUUCUGGUUUAGAACGGGCUCUGUGACCUUAUGUGACAUAAACUAAAUCACUGUAAAACAGCACUGUGGUGACCACUUACAAUUCUCUUCUUUUAUUAACAUAAUAAUAAUAUGAAACAUUACUUUUAAAAAAUAUAUAAGUUGUUAGUUUAUUUAUUUUUAAAUCAGUGUUAAUACUGAAAAAAUGAACUAGUGUCAUAAAGGAGCUGUCUGUGUUCCAAAAUAUUUUAGAGGACAGCCACUCUACUACUGCCAUUAUAUUACUGCAUUUUUUUAGACUGCAUGUUGUGUGAAUGUACCUUUGUACUAAACACACUUUAAACACACUUUAAAUUACACCAAUAAAAAUUUAAUUAGUGAGAUUAUUAUGUAAAGAUGAAACACAUUUGUUGUUGAUUCCAGUCAUCUCUGUUUAUUCAUGCAUUUAAUUUGUUUUUAUUUUUAUAUGUGUAAAAUAUUCUGAUGAAAGAUAUACUGAUAACAAUGAUGAAUAUUAUUAACAAUUUCAAGUAUGGUUUUAUUUGCUUCAUUUCACAUUACUGAUAAUGUUUUUCGUUUGUUUGUUUCAUUUGUCUUUUAUUUUUUUACUACCUUGUCCUAGUUUUAUCACUUCUUUUAAUUUUCUAUAAUAAAAUGAUUUUUGGUGGCUGUAA